UUCUUUAGACCGCAGUGAUGAUGGAGAUGAACAACUGGGACCACGAUUGUGAAAAUGUCUAUGAGAAUUAUAACUAUUCCUGUCAGAAAAAUUCUGAAGAACAGCACAAGGCUCCGGAACAACAUGCAAGUCCAGACAACAAAUGCCAUCUGUUCAAGUUGGUCCUUCUGCUCCUCUUAUGUGUUUUGCUCAUAGCUGCCAUCACCAUCCUGACUGCAUAUUAUUUUAUAGUCCUUAAUGACAAGGAGCAAAAGCUUGAAGCGCUAAAGAGUGAGUAUUACAACUUGAGCAGUAACUUCAGUGACCUUUUGGAAAGUCAUUCCACCUUGCAGUCAAAAUUUCAAAUUCUAAAUGAAAGUCAUGCCACCCUGCAGUCAAAAUACAAAAUUCUACAUAAAGAACAAACUGAAAUGUCAGUAAAUUUAACAGAACUGAAUAAAGAAUGCCUUGUGAGGAAGUCAUCUCUGGAAAGCAGCUGCCAUGUAUGCAAAAAGGGCUGGGUACAGCUAAAUUCAAAAUGCUACUACUUCUCCACCAAUAAACAGACAUGGCAGUCGAGCCGCGAUCAUUGCAGAACAUUGGGUGGGCAUCUGGUGAUUAUAGAAAAUGCAAUGGAACAGGUAUUUUUAGAAAAUAAAAUUAACAUCAUAGGAGAAACAAACUAUUGGAUUGGCCUGACUGAUCUGGCAAACCAAGGACAAUACAUCUGGUUGGAUAACAGACCUUUAGACCCAAAACAAAGCUUCUGGCACAGUAGCCAACCUAAUAGUAAAAAUGAACACUGUGUGCAGAUUGCAUCAGAAGAAAAGUGGCACGACUUCCCCUGUGAAAUUCCAACAAAAAUGAUCUGUGAGAUCGAUGCAACGAUGGUUAACAUCUAAAGCAGAAGGUGGAAAUGCAGACAUGUCAUCGAGCAUUAUGAGAAUCACUUCAGUAGCAACUCACUGCCGCUGUCGCCUUGUCAUAGAAUUGGAAGAAGAAACACCACAUUGUGCUCAAUAAUGACUUGCAUUGGCCAUACUUUAAUGUUCUAUGAAUGCUAAUUUUCACCUGAAAGAACAUAACGAUACCCUAAUUUUUUGGAAAAUCUUUCUGUUUUUAAUUUUUUUCCUUUUUUAAUUAAGCAAAGCAUGUCUUGUACUAUGAUACAAAUCUACUUGUUGUUAAAAUUGCAGAUGUCAAAGGAAAUUAAAACCAUAUAAACAGCCUUGGAAGAAUAUCAAAGUAGUCCAAAAACUGACAUACAUUUGCAUGUUCUUUACAUUUAAAUGGCAAUACUAUGUUUUUAUUAGCAAAAUUGUUAAGAUAUCAGAAAUUUUAAAGAGACAAAAAUGAACUGUGAAUUUUGCCCUAGCAUUUGGAGGUGUUGUACUAAGGAUAGGACUAGCAAGCUUUGUUGGGCACAAUGGACUGUUCUUGUCCUGAUUUUUCAAAAGAUUUGCUGUGAUUGAACUUGAACAUUAGUCAGCAAAUAAACAAAAACAAGUUACAAUAAAUCUGUUAUAGCACUGA